AUAGCAUAGAUUUGGAUUUGAAGAGCGUUUGGGUUCGAUGUUCGAAAAUCGAAAUCCUCUCUCCACUUCACGACACCACACACACGCAAGCACAACCAGUAAUAACAACAGCAACAUAGAUAGAUAGAAAGAGAAACCAAAACCCUUCUUUCAAUUCUCCUUCUCCACUUCUUCACUUCACUUUCUUCUGUCUUCUGCUUUAAACCGUUUUCUUCCAUGAUAAAACACGCGCAUCUAUAAAACGACGUCGUUUUUGAGAAAAUGGAUCAGAAGCCUCACCUUCAGCUCAAGGAGCUGGGAUCCAAACUCGAAAUACUUCCUUCUUCUACGGAGCCUCUCAUCGAGCUCUUGAAGCAAGCGGCAGCAUGUCUUACUGACAUGGAUCAAUCACCAUCAGCUUCAGCAUUGGAGUCAAUGAAACCCUUUUUGAAUGCAAUUGUUAAGCCAGAAUUGCUGAAGCACCAAGAUAGCGAUAUAAAACUUCUAGUUGCAACAUGUGUUUGUGAGAUAACUCGGAUCACUGCACCUGAAGCUCCUUACAGUGACGACGUUCUAAAGGAUAUCUUUCAGUUGAUCGUGAGCACUUUUAGUGGUCUUAGUGAUAUAGGUGGUCCAUCCUUUGGCCAGGAAGUUGCUAUGUUGGAGACUCUUGCAAAAUAUAGAUCAUGUGUUGUAAUGUUGGAUCUUGAAUGUGAUGAUCUGGUGAAUGAGAUGUUCAGUACUUUUUUUGCAGUUGCGAGAGAUGAUCAUCCAGAAAGUGUUCUAUCAUCCAUGCAAAAUGUUAUGGCCGUUCUCUUAGAGGAGAGUGAGGAUGUUCAUGAGGAUCUUUUAUCUAUUCUACUGUCCACAUUAGGUCGUGAUAAAAGAGAUGUUACUGCAGCUGCAAGGAAGCUUUCCAUGGAUGUCAUACAGCAAUGCAUAGGAACACUUGAACCUAGCAUUAAACAAUUUUUUCUGUCAUUAGUGUUGGGAGAAAGCAAGACAGUGAACAGUCAAGUUGAGUACCUUGAAGUAUUAUACGAUGUCUGUUGCUGUGCUCCACAGAUCCUAUCUGGAGUUCUCCCUUAUGUCACAGGGGAGCUACAGUCUGACAAAUUGGAAACCCGUCUGAAAGCAGUGAAUUUGGUUGGAGAUAUAAUUGCUCUUCCGGGAACUUCCAUUGUUGAGGCAUUUCAGCCAAUACUUUCAGAGUUUUUGAAGAGGUUGACUGAUAGUGAUUUUGGGGUUCGCAUGUCUGUCCUUGAGCAUGUAAAAAGUUCUCUUCUGUCAAAUCCUCAUAGGGCUGAAGCUUCUCAUAUAAUCUCUGCCGUUUGUGACCGGCUUCUGGAUUUUGAUGAAAACUUUCGAAAGCAAGUUGUGGCUGUUAUCUGUGAUGUGGCAUGUCAUGCCCUACAUGCAGUUCCUCCUGAAGCUGUUAAUCUUGUUGCAGAACGGCUUCAUGACAAAUCUCAACUUGUUAAAAAGUAUACCAUGGAAAGAUUAGCCGAGAUAUAUAGAACUUUUUGUGAGAAAAGCUCCGACACUGUUAACCCUGGUGGAUAUGACUGGAUUCCAGGGAAGAUCCUUAGAUGUUUCUAUGACAAAGAGUUCAGAUCAGAUACAAUCGAAUCUGUUUUGUGUGGGUCUCUGUUUCCAUCAGAGUUUUCUAUUAAUGAUAUGGUUAAACAUUGGGUUGAUAUUUUCUCUGGAUUAGAUAAAGUAGAGGUCAAGGCUCUUGAAAAUAUACUGGAGCAAAAACAAAGGUUACAAGAGGAGCUGCACAAGUAUCUAGCUCUGAGACAGAAUAGUCAGGAUAAAGAAAAUCCCGAGGUUCAAAAAAAGAUCGCAUUCUGUUUUCGAGUAAUGUCUCGUUCAUUUGCAGAGCCAACAAAGGCUGAGGAGAGUUUCCAGAUUCUUGAUCAAUUAAAUGACACUAAUAUCUGGAAAAUUUUGACGAAUCUUAUCGAUCCAAAUACUAGCUUUCAUCAAACUCGUGCAUACAGGGAUGAUUUGAUUAAAAUACUUGGCGAGAAUCAUCAGCUCAAUGAAUUUCUGAAUACCUUAUAUUUCAAAUGCUCCUAUUUGCUAUUCAACAAGGAGCAUGCAACAGCUGUUCUUUCAGAAGUGAUCAGAUAUAAAUCUGCAGAGAAUGAUCAGCGUAUACAAUCUUGCAUGAAGAUAUUAGUGAUAGUUGCUCGUUUCAGUCCGCACUUUUUUAAUGGUAGUGAGGAGGAACUGGUGAAGUUACUCAAGGAUAAUAAUAAUGAUAUGAUCAAAGAGGGUAUUUUGAAUGUUUUAGCAACGGCUGGUGGUACUAUUCGAGAACAACUAGCAGUUACAUCAAGUUCUGUAGACCUUAUGUUAGAAAGACUAUGUUUAGAAGGCAGUCGGAGACAGGCAAAGUAUGCCGUGCAUGCUUUAGCAGCAAUAACAAAGGAUGAUGGCCUCAAGUCUCUCUCUGUUCUAUACAAGAGGCUUGUAGGUAUGCUGGAGGAGAAAACACAUCUUCCCACAGUUUUGCAGUCUUUGGGUUGUAUAGCACAGACUGCAAUGCCUGUAUUUGAAACUAGAGAGAGUGAAAUUGAAGAAUUUAUAAUAAACAAGAUUCUGAAAAGUGAUGGUAAAGAUGAUCAUACAGGAGCAGCUUGGGAUGAUAAAAGUGAUAUUUGUGUGUUGAAGAUAUAUGGAAUCAAAACUGUAGUUAAAAGCUAUUUGCCUGUCAAAGAUGCUCUUGUUCGUCCUGGUAUUGACGGUCUUUUGGAUAUCUUACGAAACAUGCUUUCUUAUGGUGAAAUAUCAAAGGACAUAAAGUCGAGUUCAGUCGAUAAGGCCCAUCUGAGGCUUGCUUCUGCAAAAGCAGUUCUUCGUUUGGCUAGGCUCUGGGAUCAUAAGAUUCCUGUUGAUAUUUUUCACUUAACUUUAAGGGCAUCCGAGAUUGGCUUCCCUCAAGCUAAGAAGGUUUUCUUAAGCAAAGUUCAUCAAUAUAUAAAAGACCACCUUUUGGAAGCUAAAUAUGCAUGUGCCUUUAUAUUUGACAUAUUUAGAUCCAAGCCAGAGGAGUUUGCAGAGGAGAAGCAGAACUUAACUGACAUUAUUCACAUGCAUCACCAAGCAAGGGUUGGGCAGCUUUCAGGGCAAUCAGAUGCAAAUUCCUUGACCAAUUAUCCUGAGUACAUCCUUCCAUACCUAGUUCAUGCGCUUGCUAACCUAUCAUGCCCCAAUAUUGAUGAAUGCAAGGAUGCUAAAGCAUACAAUACUAUAUACAGGCAGUUGCACUUGGUGCUAUCAAUGCUAGUACAACGAGAUGAAGAUGCCAAGUUUGAAGUAACUACUGACAAAGAGAAAAAAGUUAUAUCUGCCAUUACUUCUAUCUUCCAGAGUAUUAAGCACUCAGAAGAUGUGGUUGAUGCAUCAAAGUCGAAGAAUUCUCAUGCCAUAUGUGAACUUGGGUUAGCAAUCACCAAGCGACUAGUACAGAAGGAUGUUGAUAUCCAAGGAUUGUCUCAUUCUAUUUCUUUACCUCCUACACUAUACAAAGCACGUGAGAAGGAAAAUGAUCUUACGGCAAGUGAAGUGAAAACCUGGUUGGCUGAUGAAAGUGUCUUGGCUCAAUUUGAAUCAGUUGAAUUAGAAAUGGUUCCAUCUCAAUCAGCUGAGGAUCAUGCUUUAAAGGACAGUGAAAAAGACAGAAAUGAAAUGCCCAUUGGAAAAAUAAUAAAGAAGAUAAGAUCUCAGGGAACCAAGGGCAAAAAGGUGAAAAAGAGCAAGAGCAAGAGCAAGAGCAAGAGCAUGACAACUGAAACAAAAAAAGCUGAUGAUGAUUUUGAUAUCUUAAAUAUGGUCAGAGAAAUUAAUUUGGGUAACUUGGGGAUAUCUACUAUUACUGAAUCAAGAAAUGGUCAUGAACAUUCUUUGAGUAAGAAGGUGCAGAAAGAUCCUGAUUUAUUAACAAUUAAAAAACGAAAAGUAGGAGAAGAAACACUUGUUCCAGCACCUAAACGGAGGCGGUCUUCCAUUACCCAUGCAAAAUCGCGAUCAAGUAGUUCUUCAAAGGUUUCUCAAAGAGUUUCAGGGGAAGUUCCCUCUGGAGUGAAAUUACAGUUUGAUUCAGAAAUUAACCCAGAUACAGGUAGCAAAAAUAUGCAGAGAAAAUUGAUUAAAGGCAAAGAGCCCUCACUAGAACAAAAAAUUAAGGCAUCGGAGAGUUAUCAUGUUGAUGAGUCUGACAAAUAUGAAGAGCAUGACAUAAAGGGUCCUGGUAAAUUAAAGACAACUGAUGAGACCGAAAAUGACGAGUUCAAGUCGUCCUUAGGAUCUACGAAAAGGCCAAAAAGAAAAAGUAUUGGAGGAUUGACUAAGUGUAUGACAAAGAAAGGUGAAAGUGAUGCUGAAGAUCUGAUCGAUUGCAGAAUUAAAGUUUGGUGGCCUUUGGAUAAGAAAUUUUAUGAAGGAACCGUUCAGUCUUAUGAUUCUUUAAAGAGGAAGCACGUGGUAUUAUAUGAUGAUGGAGAAGUAGAAAAACUCUAUUUGGAAAAAGAACGUUGGGAGGUUAUCGAUGGGGACUACAAAUCUUCUAAGAAGCUAAAGCCCUCAAAUUCUCCAUCUUUACGUGAAGCUUCUACUGGGAAGAAACAGCGAAGUUCAAGAGGUUCAGCGAGUAAAAAGACUACAAAAAUAGUUAAUGGUAAACAAUCUCCUAGCAAGCAUGCAAAACGUGGACAAAAAAAGGCAUCAAAAACUAAUUUCCAUGAAGAGGGGGCUAGUGAGAGUUCCGAGCUACCAAACCCUGAAGAGACUGCAAUAUCUGAAGCUGAGUUCAACUCCGGCGGUUCUGAAGGGGAACAGGAUGAUGGAGGGUCUGAUGUCAUCGUAACCAAGAAAAAGAAACCCAACAAGAAAGCAAAAUCAGUUUCACGUGGAAAGAGACGUAAGACAGGGAAGAGCUCGAGUAAUAAGAAAGAACCCAAUGACAAGAGGCAGGAACCAGACGAAGAGAAGCAGGAUUCUGCUGAGGGGCUUUCUGAAGACAGAGAGAGUUCCCCCCAAGAAGUUCAAAAUGAUGAAGAAGAAAGAAGUUCAAAAGAAAGAGAGGUGGAUGAAUCAAGAGGAGCUUUGAGAGAAAAUGUUAAUGGAAAAGAAGUUUUGGCUCCUGAAGGGAACCAAAAUGAGAGUGGUGAGCAAAGUAGUCCUAGUAGAGAAGUGAAAAAACCGCUUGAAGGUCCAACAAGUCUUGAUGGUGCCGGAUUUGCCGAAGUUCCCGAUGACGAGCCACUGAGCAAAUGGAAAUCCCCCUCAGGGAAGAAAAGGUCAUCAGGUAAAAAACAAUGAGCAUUUUGGAUGCUUCUGUAACACAAAUCUUUGAAAGACUAUAAUAGAAGUGGUGCUGUGGCAUCAUUUACUCUGUAUAAGUACAAGUAUAGGUAUCAGUGUGAAUGGUGAAUACCAUUUAUUGACACACUAAUAGAUGUGCUUUGCAUGUCUUGUAUUUGUAGUUACCCUUGUUGUGUAGAUGUAACUUUCCCACCACAUUUAGGAGGAAAAAAAAGUGACGGUGCUUUAGUGUUUUUAGGGUUGUGUUGUGCUAAAUGACCUUUCAUUAGUGUAGGUGAUCAUAGGUUUAACAUAUGAUUCAUUGAUGUUGUUCAUCCUUCCAACAUAAUCAAUUGACUGAAGCAACAUGUACAGCUAUACGUGGUGAUAAAUUGUAUCUGUAUCUUUAGUUUAUUAUUCUUAUUAUUGUAGUC